AUGUCUAACGUCAGUCUUCAGAUCAGACGUGCUGUUCCGUCGAUUGACCCAAUCGUGGCAGACUAUGCUGUUGGAUAUAUCCAGCAUGUAUCCCAUGCCACUGAAGAUUCUGUCUCAGCUCAACAACUAGACAUCCCUAAAGAAUUGACCUUCAUUGAAGAGAUCUUGAUCCAAGCAGGCGGUAACGUUGAAAAAGUGCACGGCUUGGUUUCCGGAAUCUCCGCCCAGCUUACCGAGAAAUUGGACAAGAACAUGGCCAAGUUGGCUAUUACAGGUGAUAAGUCCAAGAGACUUUUGGACGUCAACGUCUUAAAAAACAGCUCCAAAAGAGAUAUCAACUCUUCUUUGGCACUUCUUGGAACCUCAAGAGAUAUUGCUCAUGCUGGUAGACAAGUAGAGAGUCGUGUUGACAAGAAGAAGUUGGAGAAACAGGAGCGGAAGAUUGCCAAAAAGGUGGCCAAGAGAAAUAAUCAAUUUGUCAAGUACGAAGCAUCCAAAUUGCUUAACGAGAAAAAGAAGGAAGAUUACGACUCGUUCUACUUGGAGAUCAACCCUCUUGACUUCGGUUCCAGUGCAGGUAAGUCUAAGGAUAUCAAGGUGGAUAACUUCGAUUUGUAUGUUGGUGAAGGUAGACGUAUUCUUAGCGACGCUAGUUUGACGUUGGCACAUCAAAGAAGAUAUGGUUUGGUGGGUCAGAACGGUAUUGGUAAGUCUACAUUGUUGAGAGCAUUGUCGAGAAGAGAGUUGAACAUUCCUAAGCACAUCACGAUUCUUCACGUGGAGCAAGAACUUCGAGGAGAUGACACGCCAGCCAUCCAGGCUGUUUUGGAUGCCGAUGUUUGGCGUAAGUCGCUCUUGCAAGAAGAGCAGAAGAUCACCGAGAGAAUUGAAGAAAUUGAAGAAUUGAGAAAACAGUUCGACGAAGAGUCCGGUGAAGUGAUGAAGCUCGAUAAUGAACGUGGUGACUUGGACAAACAUCUUCAAGAAAUCAGUGAGAAGCUAUAUGAGAUGGAGUCUGAUAAAGCUGAGAGUAGAGCUGCUUCUAUCUUGUUCGGUUUGGGUUUCUCCAAGGAAUCGCAAAGUAAUCCAACCAACUCGUUCUCUGGUGGUUGGAGAAUGAGAUUGUCCUUGGCCCGUGCGUUAUUCUGUGAACCCGAUUUGUUGUUGCUAGACGAACCCUCCAAUAUGUUGGAUGUUCCAUCUAUCACUUACUUGGCCAAAUAUCUUCAAGGAUACAAGGGUACCGUGUUAGUCGUGUCGCACGAUCGUUCGUUCUUGAACGAGGUGGCUACCGAUAUUAUUCAUCAACACUCUGAGCGUUUGGACUACUACCGUGGCUCGAACUUCGACUCUUUCCACGCUACAAGAGAAGAGAGAAUCAAGAACCAGCGUAGAGAGUACGACAAUCAAAUGGCAUACAGAGAACAUUUGCAAGCAUUUAUUGACAAGUUCAGAUACAAUGCCGCCAAAUCCUCCGAGGCACAAUCGCGUAUCAAGAAAUUGGAGAAAUUGCCUCUCUUGGAACCACCUGAGGAUGAUAAAGUCAUUACAUUCAAGUUUCCAGAUCCAGAUGGACUUUCGCCACCUAUUUUGCAAAUGCACGAUGUUGCAUUUGGCUACACUCCAGAGAAGAUUUUGUUGAAGAACGUUGACAUGGAUGUGCAAAUGGACUCCCGUAUUGCCUUCUGUGGUGGUAACGGUACUGGUAAGACUACACUCUUAAAACUUCUUCUAGAUCAAUUGCGUCCUCUAGAAGGUGUUAUCAACAAGAACGGGCGUCUCAGAGUCGGCUACUUUGCCCAGCAUCACGUUGACGCUAUGGACUUGACUCUUUCUGCCGUCUCUUGGAUGGCUAAGGCUUAUCCUGGUAAAUCCGACGAGGAAUACAGAAGACAUUUGGGAUCCUUUGGUAUCACCGGUUCUUUGGGUUUGCAGAAGAUGGAGUUGUUGUCAGGAGGUCAGAAAUCCAGAGUGGCAUUCGCGGCGCUCUGUCUCAACAACCCACAUAUCCUCAUUCUAGACGAGCCUUCCAAUCACUUGGAUACGCAAGGUUUGGAUGCACUUGCAGAUGCCUUGAUCAAUUUCAAGGGAGGUGUUCUUAUGGUUUCGCACGAUGUUGCAACUAUUGAGCGUGUUUGUAAUGAGAUCUGGGUUUGUGAAGAUUACACAGUCAAGAAGUUCCCUGGAAACAUUCACGACUACAAGAAGCAUAUUUUGAAGUUGGCCGGCGCCAGUGGUGUUGUGGCAAAGCAUUAA